AUGCCUCCACAACAAUUAAAUUUGGCGGCGAAUGCGAACGGCACGACCGGCGGAAGCGAGCCGGAAUUAGUGAUGGAGGAGCAGGCCGCGGAGCCCGCGUGCGCGAUCUGCCACAAAGUUGAGGUCGCGGUCGGCCCGGUCGAAAAUCGGGUGACGCUCCAGAAGUGCGGUCAGUGUCGCCAGGUGUUGUACUGCAGCAGGGACUGCCAACGCGCGCACUGGCCCCGGCACAAGUCCGAUUGUGCGGCGCCCGGCUCGCCUCCCGAGAUAGUUUUUGACCGUUACUGUCAGACAGUUGACGCGAGCCCCUCGAAGGAGAGCGGUCUCGAAGAAACUAUCAACUCGGUCGCGAAGGAGUUCGUAUGUCCGAUCACGCACGAAUUGCCGACGGAGCCCGUGACCGCCGAAGACGGCAGGAUCUACGACCGAAAGGCCAUCCUCGCGUGGUUCGAGAAAAACGGUGAAGAUGGCGACCCGAUUAGCCCAAGCACCAACACUGCCAUGGGCACGAAUUUGCUCCCGGCCACCCAGGCGCGGAACGCGAUCGAGGCGCUCGUGAAGUCCGGCGCCAUCGAUGGCGAGCUGGCCACUGCGUGGCGGCAGAAGCUCGAGGACGAGAAGAUUGUGAAGGAACUGCACGCGAAGGCGGAGGCGGGCGACGUGGAAGCUAUGUUCGACCUCGGGUAUGCGUACGAUAAAGCAGAACACGGCCUCGAGAGGGAUACGGAGAAAGCCCGCGUGUGGUACGAGAAAAGUGCGGCGGCCCGACACCCCAAAGGUCUGGCUUAUUUUGGUUGCUUUCUCCUGUAUGGCAUUGAUUGUCACAAGGACCACGCGCUAGGUCUCGUAAAUGUGACCGAGGCGGCGCACCUCGGCUCCGAUGUCGGUCAGCUCUUGCUCGGUAAAGCGUUCGCCAAGGGCCUGUACGGCUUGUCGAAGGACCCCGUUCGCGCGCGCUUCUGGUUGGAGAAGACGGACUGGGAGGAAGCGAAGGGAUUGCUCCAGGAGCUGGGGCAGUGA